AGGUCAGUGUUUAAAUACCUGCCGCUCAACCCUCCUCCUACUCAGAGCAAGUCAGCAGGAAGUGAUACGUCCCGGACAGGAGUCACCUGCUUUAGUUUGCGCUUAAUUCAUGAGGGAACAGUGGAUUUUCUGACAGCGGAUGAUUAGUUCUUGACAAAUAGGUGGCUUUUCCCAAAACCGGUUUAACAGACUAUCCCGGUCAAAGUGAGAGGGGUUUCAAUGGAGCCCAAACCUGUGGCGAAUGAAAAGUUUUUCCUCGUCAUCCGCGGGAAGUCGAGGAAAGGCUUCUGCAGAGGAUGCAUCGGCCGUGUGGAGGCAGAGACACAGCACGGGGAGAUCGUGGGGCUCGUGUACUGCAGCAGCGCGGGGAGCCCCAAGAACGGGGGCGUCGUGAGGAGGGAGGACACGUAUCCGCUGAGCCGACACCAGGCCCAGCUCUUACUCUUUGUGUCCACGCCGAGCAAGCGCCUGGAGCUGCUGUGUAACCCCCAGCUCUUCACGGCCAUCUGCGAGCUGACACAGGACGACCUGGUGGUGGUGAAGCACAAGAGGGGCCACAUGCCCGCAGUGGUGAAGAACCUCAUGCAGAUUGGAAGGAAGGAGAGCAAAGAAGACCUGCACAUGCUCGGCUUUGAGGUGGAGCUUUUGGAGAGUGAUCACAAUGUGUCAUCCAAGAAACCUGCCCCUCUUCCUCUUUUCAGCGCUGCAGACAUCAUCCAGGUGGUCCCAUCGUACUCCGUCCCACUCGGUCUUCAUUGGAAAGAUGGCAAAUGUGGGAGCCUAAACAGAAAACCGGUGUCCCGCAUCAAUUCCAUGCCAAAUAUUGGAUCAAGACCAGUGAUCGAGAACCGGACGGGCCAGAGCGUCGUUCACAACCAAAGUCUGAGCACAUCUCAAAUGCCUCUGGAGGUGGGGUCCAUGGUGGAGGUGGUUUCCAACUCUGGGGUCACAGUGUAUGGAGUCAUCCAGUGGUUGGGGGUCCCUGGAGGAAAGAUUGGUGAAUGGGCCGGGAUUGAGUUGGACUAUGAGGUGAACGGCUGCUCUGAUGGGAAAUACGGAGGUCAUAGAUAUUUCACCUGCAAAGGAAACAGGGCUUUGUUUGUUCCCAUCACAAAGUGCAGCCCCGAUGGCAGAUUUGUCUCCUCUUCAGGAAAGGGGACCAAACCCCCUGAAACCCCUCCAGUUCCUCCAUUUGAAGAGUCGGACGAGGAUGUACCACCUGUGCCUGAGUCAGAGGCAUUGUCUUUGUUAGUGGGGAAAAUGAAGGGGAUUCAGGGUCACAUCAAUUCCUGUUACCUUGAUGCCACGCUCUUCAGUUUGUUCAGUUCAUCUGUGACCCUGGAUAGUAUUUGCCAGAAGCCCACUGACGAAGAGGAACCCAUAACAUGCACUCUAAGAACCAUAGUCAACCGUUUGCGCAGACAAGGGUUUGUGCCUGCGGAGAGUGUGAUGAAUUUCCGCAAGCAGCUUGGCUGUGACACCUUUCGGACAGAGGAAAAAGACCCAGAGGAGUUCAUCACGGUGCUCUUUCAGAAGGUGCUCUGCGUGGAGCCCCUGUUAAAGCUCAGAUCGAACCGAGAAGAGUCUCAAGGUGCCUACACCUUGCAGAUCUUUCUGGAAAAGGAACAGAUGGGGCGGGUUCCCACCGUCCAACAGCUGCUGGACACAUCUUGCGUGUCAGGUGACCUCAAAUUUGAAAUGAUGCCAUCCUGUCUAAUGAUUCAGAUGCCAAGGUUCGGAAACAAGUAUAAGAUGUUUUCUCACAUCAUUCCCUCAAUGGAGCUGGACAUCACAGAUCUCCUGUACAACUCGCCAAGGGAAUGCUUCAUCUGUGGGAAUUUGGCGGAGUAUGAGUGUCUUCAGUGUGUACCAGAUCGUAAACUGCAGCCAGGAAGAAUCAAACAGUAUUGCGCUACCUGCAACACACAGGUGCACACUCUUCCCUCGCGGCGCUGUCACUCUCCCAGUGCUCUAACCGUACCAGCAGACGUAGCCUCGGAUUCUCCUGUGUCCAGACACACAAUGCAGCUGUUUGCUGUGCUCUGCAUUCAAACCAGCCACUAUGUGUCUUUUGUCAAAUACGGCGCGGACCCUCACUCCUGGCUCUUCUUCGAUAGCAUGGCAGACAGAUGCGGUGACGAUCAAAGUGGCUACAACAUUCCCGAGGUCCGAACUUGUCCAGAGCUGGGUGACUUCCUGUGCCAACCAGAGGAGGAGCUGGCUCAGGCCAACCCUGCGCAGGCUCCUGAACUAGUCAGAAGGCUGCUGUGUGACUCCUACAUGUUUUUAUAUCAGAACGCAGUCAUGCCAAUUUGUAAGCCAAACAAUGAGGAGCCUUAAACACACUCGAGGAAGAGGACACAAUGUUCCCAUAACAGUGCCUUUUAACAGCAUUACAUCUCUGCUUAAUCAGCUUUUGUGCACUUUAUAACGUCCAGACAGCGGGAACUGUAAUGGAUGCUUUCUAACACCAAGAAGAAAAACAACACUGCAGUUCAGAAAUCUGACUUUAUCUGAGUUAAUUUAUCUUAUUUGAAGGUGAUGUUGGUAUAUAAGGAUUGGAAGCAGUGAAAACAUGCUCUGACCCCCCCCCUUCUUCUUUUUUUUUUUACAAUGAAUGUUUGAAUGUUUUUCCCCUGAAUGUAUUGCUGUUGUCAAACUGUGGUUAUUUAUAGAAUUUGAAGGAAAUUGAGGGAUAUUAAUGAUUUUUUUUUCUUUUCCAUUGUCUUUAUUGUUUCUUUUGCCUAUCAUUUGGCAGAUUAAAGUCCACUCAAUGUCA